AUGCAGUUCUCAACAGUCGCCCUCUCCGCCUUGCUAGGCCUCGCUUCGGCCCAGACCGUCCACGUCGUGUCCGUCGCGACAGCAAACAACUCGCUCAUCUUCACCCCCGACAACAUCAAGGCGCCCGCUGGUGACAUGAUCCAGUUCCAGUUCCGCGCCGGCAACCACAGCGUCGCCCAGUCCACCUUCGACGCGCCCUGCUCGCCCAUCUCCCAGCACACCAACCAGACCGGUGUCUUCAGCGGCUUCCAGCCCGUCGCUGCUAGCCAGGCAAUGGGUAUGGUCCCGACCUGGACCAUCAUGGUCCAGAACACCAACCCCAUGUGGUUCUACUGCGCUACUGGCAAGCAUUGCCAGGCUGGUAUGGUCAUGGUCGUCAACGAGAACACUGGCGCAAAUGCCACCCGAUCCCUGGCUGAGUUCAAGAAGCUCGCCUCGGCCGCUACUGCCAACGUUGCCCCCAGCUCCGGGACCAACGGAGGCACCAACGGAGGCUCUGGCACUGGCACCGGCACCAACGGCGGCAACACCGGCACUGGCACCGGCACCGGCUCCACCACCAGCUCGUCUGCCGUCACCGCCGGUGCCUUCUCCCUGUCCGCAUCGACGUCGCUCAGCCUGCUCCUCGGUGCCGCCGCUGGCCUGUUCAUGCUAUGA